ACAGCCCAAGCGAAGCCGAAUCGCUAGACGAGUGAGACCAGGCCGACGCCGCCCCGCCCGCAGGCCCGCCUUCGCACACUCGGAACCCGCAGCUCCCAAGCCAUGGGCUGUUCUUGUGGCCAGUGCAUCGCGGGGAUAUUGUCCCCGCGCAUGAUGCUGCGCUUGGAGCGCACUGCAGCCAGCUCAUCGGAGAUGGUGCUCGACUCAAUGAACUUUAAAGACGACAAGCCGGUGCACGACCCCGAGAUCUAUCUGUUCGACUACGUCCCGCCGGAGCUGCGGGUGGAGGUGGCGCGCGCGUUCUGUGUCGGCUUCGCCAACUGCAUGGCCGCCGCCGCCUACCUGGCCAAGCAGCGCCAGCUGCCCAAGCCGCGCCUGCUGGCCCAGAUGAUCAGCAUCGUGCCCGGCCUUGACAAGAGCGCCUCCAAGUUCUACCUGGAGAAACAGGGCAUGCCGGAGUAUGCGCUGGAUGCAGUGAUGGCGCGGGUGGAGGAGGAGCAUGAGGGCCAGGGCGACGGCUCCUUUGUGCAGGACGAGGCCAACGCCAAGGCUCUGGAGGCGCUGCCUGCCUGCAGAAACGAUGACCAGUUCCAGCUGCUGCGGCAGCAGCUGUUUGCCAACAGCGACUUCUGGCCCUGCGGCCCCUAUGGAUUUGAUGACGACGAGCAGGCGGGCUUGGGCGGCGAGCAGGGGACGGCCGCAGACGAUGGGUGGGUGUAUUACGACAACAGCAACUGGAAGCCACCGGCAGCUGCGGCGGCAGCGCCGGCGGCGCCGGCCGGGGUGGACAGGAAGUGAGCGGGCGCACGGCCGCGCCCAGCCGCCCGUGGCCUGCCUGCCACCCAUUUUUGCCUGGCCACUUGGCACACACGCUGGCUGUUGUUCUCCUGUACCUGCCCAAUGCCAGCUGGCGCCACGUCAUGAUACCAUGAGGCGCCUGCUACUCCCUCCUGUCAAAACUCUUUCCUUUGCCCCUGUCUCCUCAGCUGUACCACCGCCUGUGACCCCCAGCUGACGCCUGCCGGCAUGUCGGCACCUGCUGCCGCGUGUCCAAUGCGACUGGCACCGCAGCGGCAGGGCAGCAGCCGCAGGCUUGCCAAUACAACCGCCCUUGCUUUUCACCGCCUCUUUUCUGCCAAAAUCGAGCUUGCACUUGCAAUUGUUGUUUGUAAUGUGAUGGAUAUGG